AGAGCAGACGUCCUGUGAAGGACUGCUUCCUGGCCGUCCUGUCCUCUCACGGAGACGAGGGCUGCGUGUUCGGAGCUGACGGGGAACGUGUGCGUCUGUCUCGCGUCUUCUCGUGUUUCGACAACGAGCACAUGAAGGAAAAGGCCAAAGUGUUUCUCAUUCAGGCCUGUCGGGGACACGACCUGGACGAUGGCGUGGAGGUGGACUCAGGGGACGAUGUCACGGACAGCAGCUUCUCUCAGGACCUGCACUUUCCUGUGGACACAGCGGUGAUGUACGCCACAGCUCCAGGGUACGGAGCCUUCAUGCAUCCUCUGGGUUCCGUCUUCCUCCAGACGUUCUGCACUUUAUUAGAGACGGAGGGGAACCGGGAGCUGGAGCUGACCCGGCUGAUGACCCGUCUGUCCCACAGCGUGGCCUACACCUUCCAGGCCAAAGGUCGCUCUCUGGGCGGGAAGAAGGAGAUGCCGUGUCUGAUGACGAGUUUGACCAGGGAGGUGUUCCCCUUCGCUGAGUCCCGGAAAGAGGGCGGGGCGGCGGGGCUCUCAGCCACGUCAUUGGUCGGCUCAGACAACGUCAGGAGGCGAACGCCUUCGAUCAGUUAGCGGCAGAUCGUAGGAGAUUGAAUGAGACGAGAAAUCAGCUGAUGUCUGAGGAACUCACAGGUUUAUUUAACAACGUCGCUCAAAGUCCAGAGAGCAAGAAAAUAUCUCACGUACAAUAAUCCUCAGGAUGUUUUCACUUUCACUUCAUCUAAAUUACUUUUAGUUUUCUUUACCCCAGAAAAGGCUCUUUAUAU